AAGUGCUUCCGGUUGACGGUACAGAUUUGUCAAAUAGCUUCUGCAUGGCAUGGUUGACAGGAUAGCUAACGAUUCAGGCAGAGAACCGGAGUGAACCUUUUUUUUAGUCAGCUUGUAACAGAAGUUAAGCAGUGAGAGGACUCCAGAGUAACUCCUUCUCCUCUGCUCGCUUCACCCGCUGUCCUCUCGGUCUGAGUGCUGAUUUUCACGUUUGUCAUUGCUCGGUUGUCUGACUGAAGCUAGUUAACGCUGCUCUUUGAAAAUGGCGGAUGUACCGACUGAGAAGAGCCUGGACGAUUUCUUUGCCAAGAGGGAUAAAAAGAAGAAGAAAGAGAAGGGGAAGGGGAAGGAGUCCGCCGCGGGGCCCACAUCGGCGGCACUGAAGAAGACCAAGAAGGAGAAGGAGAAAUCGACUAAAAACGAGAACCAGGACGCUCAGAUCGAUAAGGAGGACGAGGAGUGGAAAGAAUUUGAGCACAAAGAAGUGGACUACAGUGGGCUUCGACUCCAGGCUUUGCAGAUAAGUGACGAGAAAGAGGAAGAGGAGUACGAGAAGGAGGAGGUUGGUGAGGAUGGAGAGAUCAUUCUCGUCAGUGGAGAACGAGGUGAAAAAGGUCCCUGGAACAAGUCUGGUGCCGCGCCUCCUCCUGCUCCUGUGGCAGUAGAGAAUGUAGAGGUACCUGAGGCGAAGCCCGCUGGUGUAUAUCGCCCUCCGGGAGCUCGACUUACCACCACCAAACGAGGCCCCAGCCAGGGCCCUCCUGAAAUCUUCAGUGACACACAGUUCCCCUCCCUACUGGCCACCGCCAAGCACGUUGAGACACGCAAGGACAGAGAAAUGGAGAAGACCUUCGAGGUUGUGAAACACAGGAACCGUGGCAGAGAGGAGACCGGUGGCGCUUCUAUGCAGCACUUGCAGCUCGACAACCAGUACGCCAUCCUGGGGGAUAAGUAGAGCGGCGUCCCUCUGUCCCCUGGCCCCUCCAGCACGGUCCUGCCCAGCCCCUUUGAAGGAAGCUGAUCCCAAAGCUGUGUGGACUGCAGUCCUGACAGAGCUCACGGUGCCACCAUCACCACACACAACACACAGCCCCAUAUAUACACACACACACACACACACACACACAACACCCCACCCCACCACUGCAGCACAUACAGUGACACGCCCUUUAAAAAGAUCAGUAAACACACUUCACAUACAUUUGGUUGGCAAAACUGAAGGACUGCAUCUGAAGGGGCUGAAAGAGGGAACCACCGAAAUGGAAUUAGGAAAUGCACCCAAACGUACGACACUGCAGCAGCAACAAAAAGGCGACGUAGGUGUCCUUUGUGGAUUGUACUCAGAGCAGCGGUUGUGUGGCGCAACUUCUCUCUGGACUUGCUUUGAGAAAAGCCACAGAGGAUCGAAGAUGACUUUAGGCAAGAUGAUUUUACAAACUUAUGUGAGAAUAUCUAUUUUUUUGCAAGAUCGCUAUAACCCGCGGUUAUUUUGAGGUGUAUUUUUGUUCUUUUUUUCUUGAGUUGCGGUUGGGACUUUGAGAGCGGGGAUACUACCUCAGCAGCAUAGCUGGUGGUGACCAUGUGGACUGAGCUUCUUUUUUUUUUUUUUUUCCUACCCUCACUGUGGUGGAGAUGGGAAGGGGGGAGGGGCGAACACCAACCUCCCCCCACCCCCUUCCCCUCCCUCUGCUUACAAGCUGACCAUCAGGCUCUUUAAUUUAGAAACUUGAAACAUUGUUCUUUUUCUUCUUCUCUUUUCCUUUUAAAUUCACGAUGACAACACUCUGCAGAGAGCAAUGGACAAGAAGCGAUAGGUUGCGGUCCUCAUUUAGAUGUUUCUUUAUAAAGUGGCCUUACUGGUAGAGAGAAACUGCAAUGUCAUCUGAAGUGAAGUGCUGUCUCAACGGGCUGUUGCCUGCCUCCGGAUCUCACCACUUUGCUAAAAAAAAAAGACAAAAAAAACAUGCAAAAGAAAAACAAACUCAAGAAUGUAGUGCUGUUUUAGUUUGCCUGAUGAUUACAACUACUAACUGUCUUUCAUAUCCACUGUUUGAUUCUGCUGCCCUUUUUCUCAUUGAGCAUCAGACGAGUCAUUAAAGCUUGUUUCUAAUCUGAAACCAGCCUUUUGGUAACAAAUGCUUUCCUGUGGUCUGAGUGAUUGGAAACCACUUUCAAAUGCUGAUUUCUUGAUGAUGUUUGACCAUACUGACUAAACCCCCCCGAUUUUUAAGGCUUUUGUGUUUUUUCCUCACAGGUAAUCCAAAAAUCGCAGUCCUCAUGUAAAACAGGUAGCUUGUGCAGCUGUGCGACACCCAGUUAAUAUCCAGUGGGCUUUAAAGCAGUGUGUUUAGAAACAUAAAGAAAUGAAGUUAUGUUGUGUAUGUUCUUCCCAUGAAUAUGUUAGGGAGCAUUGAUUCCUGCUGGGACAUCCUGCUGGGUAAUAUUUGUGAUGAAAAAGACCCUCAACACAGAAAAAAAAAUAAAGUGAUCCUUGUGAAUUUAGUCUUGUCUGAAUCCUUGAAGCUGUAAACCCCUGACUUGUUAAUCUGAUGUCCCCUCGAUAAUUGAUUCCUAUGUUGUCUCAUUUUGUCAGAGUAGAUGUUUUUUGUCUGUUCAGACACAAAAGUUCCAGCUCUUGGGUGAAAAACACAUUUUAAAUGACCUUAUACAUGCAUAACAACAAAUAAGAGAAACGUCUUCUUUUUUUUUAUACAGCCUUUUAAUGUUUAUUCAGAGAAGGCAGUAAAACUAACAGAAAAUUGGUGGUCUGUCUCUGGGAGGUUUCAUGUUUUCAUCUUUUUAGCGUCUCUUGGAUACGUCUUCUUUCGCUGUUGCUUCCAAUGACAUGUUGUGAUGAACAGUCUAUAAAGUAUACAGAGGAAAAAAAUUAAAUAAAAUGAUUUCAGUUAAUUGCCACACA